UGCAAUAUUUUUUUGGAAAUCAGAUGAGUUUAGCAAACUCAAAAUGCAGCUAUUGCGCUUACAUAUGCUAUCUAGAUAGUCAGAUCACUAGGUUUUGAGAACACCGCCAUUUUAAAGCGGAUGGUGGUGUUACGUAAAAUCCAUGGCAAAAAGUGUUUGUGUCAGUUCUACAUGAGUCUGCUCUAUUCCAGGUGUUCUCCUCGGGAUGACAGUAGAAUGUGAGCUCGCUUUUCCAUGUAGUUAAAAGAUCAACCCGAAGUCAGAGACUACAUCGGAUAACAUCAGUGUGUGGCGAAUAAAGGCUGUCAAUUAAAUCCGCUGCACACAACACAAGGGUUUGCAUGUCAGAAUGUGAUGACCCAUGCACAUCAGAGGAACUCUUUAUAUGGAUAUAAGAGUGAAUCUGUGGACCAGGUGACCUGUCAGACACAUGUUGAAACUAUGGACAGAACUUGGCCAGAGUGCCCAAUGCAAAAGAAGGCUAAAAAAUGUUUCGCCAAAAGAGGAAAAAGUAAGGAAAUAAAGAACACAGAGAGAGACCGGAAGCUGUACCCCCUCAGGGGAAGGCAUGGAUUGGGCAAAGUGGGCACGCUUAACUGCAGUGUUGUACUAAUGCGCUUGGAUGAGAGUGGAACUUGUAAGAACAGAAUGAAGUCCUUGCACAAGAGUGAAGGGAAGCAGGUGAAGGAAAUGCAGGGAAAGGUGAAAAUCUGCAAGUGUCGCAAGAAAGACUGUAAAUCAUGCCGUUCAGCGCCUAAACCAAAAAGGAAAGUGAAACCAGAUAAAUCUGCCUUAUACACAGAAUUCAUCCUAGAACCUCGCCAGAGGCGGCUGGCCUCUCUGAAUGCUGAAGCUGUUAACAGUCUGCUAUUGGAUAGAGAGAACCCACAGCAGACAUCAAAACCUUCCAAGAAGCAGCAACAGACAAAAGGGCACAGUUCUCUGUCAGAAGAUACAGUAAAAGAAAAUGAUUGCUCUAGAAAAGGGCAAGACAGCCGUAAACGUGUGUGUACAGGAGAUACAGAACAAUGUAAACCCCCUAAAAAGGCAAAGACAGAGACAGAGGAUAUAGAUCUCCAGUCUCUUAAUAGUCCAACUCCGAAACGUUUAGCAGGAUUAAAUGCGGCUGCCCUGCUCAAGCUGACCAGUACAUCCACGGGAGUGAAACGAAGAGGUAAAACGGACAGUAAACCGAGCAGCGCAGGUACAAGAGGAAAACAACUUCAGGCUAAAUCGCGUAAACAGCAGCAAAACUUGUCCUGCAAGUCCAAGCUAAAAGUAUCGCAGCAAUGCUGCAGGCUCUGUGAGAAGCAAGCCCUCCACUGGGAUGGGAGUACAGGAAGCCAUGGCUUCAUUAGCCCUGGAUAUCAGUGCAGAUCCAUGCUUGGCUACCCCCUGAAGCCAGUGAAGGAAGAGAAAACAGAGACUGAUGUGAAAUCAUAUUACUGCUGUUCCCAGGAGAGAUCAGUGGAGUACUGCCAUAGACUAGCCCUGUUCCUUGGUCAGAAAGCCUAUCCUGAAACGGAUGAACAUUCAAUAAAGAGGUUUAUUCCUUCUCCUCAUACCCUGAGUCAUCCAGCAAUGCCCAUUGGUGCCCAUCCUUACCCAUGUUACUCUGGGUACUAUGUCCAAAUUGCUCACCAUGGCACUCCACCACAUCCUGUUAGCUCAAAUCCUGGGACCCAUGUACCCUCGUCUGUAUCCCCACUGACAAUGUGCCCCACUGGGGUCCAGAGACCAAAACUGCUGCCCUCUUCAGUGUCCCAUCCAACAGGGAUCCCUCAUCCGGCAUACUGUAAUUCUGUGGGGACCUGCUGUGGAGAUCCAUGCAGGCUUAGCAGCUAUACCUACAGACCAACGCAACCCAUUACUAGCAGGGGCUGCUCAUACAAUGCAGGAUGCUCAAGCUGCAUGCACAAAAUGGAAACAGAGGACUAUUCUUACCCGCUGGAUGACCACAGCUCGUCCAUCAGCAUGCCUCCUGCCUUGCCUCUGUCCAUCUGCCCCAUCUCUAACAUGUCUCCACCCACCCAGUCAGUGCCCCACCUACAGUCAUCGCUUCCCGAUCAGCCACAGGUGCAGAUUAGAGUGGGUCGGGAGUGCCCUCAGAGGGCCAAGCCGCCCAGUGGCUCUUGUUCAGGAGAGCGGGACUCUGUUAUUUGCCACCACAUUAAGGAUGGCCAGCUGGGAGCAGGCCAUGGCAGCACCACUGCCAAGCAGUCUAAGAUCAACCGUCGCCGGGCAACAAACGGCUGGCUGCCUGUUGGUGUGGCAACAGAAAAGGAGAUAUUCAUUGUGGGUGAGGACUCAACAUCCCUACGUAGGUGCUAUGAAGGAGUGCAGAGGGACGGAGAGGUGAUCAGGGUCAGAGACACAGUACUGCUGCGCGCAGGUUCCAGGAAGAAGUCCUUGCCUUAUGUGGCCAAAGUCUCUGCCUUCUGGGAAGACCCUGAGUCAGGGGAACUGAUGAUGAGCUUGUUUUGGUACUACCGCCCAGAACACACUCAGGGGGGUCGCAACCCCAACAUGCACUGUGAGAAUGAGAUUUUCGCAUCUCGGCAUCAGGACGAGAACAGUGUGGCAUGUAUCGAGGAUAAGUGCUAUGUAUUGACAUUAGCACAGUACUGUAGAUUUUGUGCCUUGAUGAAGUGUCGUGAGGAGGGCUUUCCCAGACAUAGACCCAUGAUCCCUCCCUCUAACUAUGUAAUUCCAGCUCAUCGUUGCGUGCCCAGUGACAUAGACCCCGAACUGGUGUUCGUUUGUCGCCAUGUUUACGACUUCCGUUAUGGCCGGCUGCUGAAAAACCUGCAGUAGGUCUGACAGGAGAAAAGGGAUGACUUGAUGGAGCAUACACUGAAACCCUAAUCCAAAAUGCCAUGACACAAUCAAAGCCCUAUCAAUUGGAUGCCACAGGAGAGGCCACAAGACUUUUAAGGAGUUGGAUAAUUGUUGUUGCUUUCCAUUUGCCCUUUAGGAUAAAUGCUCUCUGUGUAGCACUCCCUUGUGACUUUGUAUAAUAGCAUUCUGAGCACAACUGCCUUGAGUUGUAAGGUGCCGAUUGCCAAAAUGUGAUUUUUCACUCCAUGAAUUUGAGUAUUUAUUUUUGCAGUUAUUUUUUAUAUUUGUUGUACGAGUGUAUAAAGAAUCAAAAAGAUGAAUGCAGGUACAUUAAGAAUUACCUUGAAUUAUGGCAUAGAGUUCUAAUAUUCUCUCUUUGGUAGUAAAAGCACCCUUAUGAAGCCUAAUUAUCUGUAGCUGUAAAGUUUAAAAUAUUUAUUUUUUAGAUAAAUUGAACACAAGCUCCUUCUUGUUGGAGUGCUUGUCUUUCUUGAAUCAGAUCCAUGAUGCAUUGGCCAAUCAGUCAUUCAUGAAAUUGUCAUAACAGGGUGUGGAGAUUCACAGACGUACUGUGGCGGACCAAAUAUCUCAGAUUACAUUUGAUAAUCUAAUAUAAGUGGUACUUCUACAACAUUUCUCAAAUGAGCUUUUGUCCUCCCAUUGCCCAUCAUGACUUGCCUUAUAUGCUACACAGAGUUAUAUCCCUAUUUUCUACCUUCCCAGCAAACCAAAGGUUAUCACACCAAUCCUAAACAUCCUGAACCUCCACAUUAUAGCAUCUCCAUUAGUUUGCACUAAUUUAUCAUUCACUGAGUCAGCAGUUUGACUCUGCUCAAAAUGUCACCUGCUACUGAUCUCCAAUGCAGGAAAAUACUGUGUAUUUGUUGUAUGCGUACAAAGAGAUUUGAGAGAACUAAUCUUAGUGCAGGAGGCGCUCGGUAAAUGUGAGUUCCAAAUGUGAAUGGACAAACUUUAUCUGGUGUGCACAGGCCUGCUUUCAACGUGUGCCCUUUGCUUCUCAUCCUACAUGGUAGUUUUGUUACAAGAUUGCUAAUUAAGAUUUGAGAAAGCUGUUUUAUAUGGUCUGUUUGUGCCUUUAAUAGUUAACAGUCUGCUAUGUGAAGAAAUAUGGUGUUAAAGGUUUUAUUGUUUUCUCAAGCCUUUUAUUUUAAUGUUUUUUGCACCACAUUGAUAUCUGUGCUAAAAAGCAAAGAUAAGAUUGUCUGAUGGCACUAUGCUCAAAUGUUUUGGAGUUCGUUUUAAAAGCCAUAAAUCAUUUCAAGCUGACUUCUCAAAAGACAAAUGUUAAAGAGCUUCAGCUUGGAGGUGAUUUUGUACUCACAAUGUCUCCCUAAAUGUUAAUCUCUUAUGGUUAAGGAGACCA